GCGGUCGACAAAUAAUCUAGUUAAUCAACCCUGGCCAUUUCAUCAAGAUGACAAUGGAAGUUGACGGAAAAGAACAUCUCGCUUUGGAUCUAGAUGUACUCAAUGUUACCAACGAAAGUCGACAAACCUAUGGUCUCAGACAUCAGGAUUACGAACGCUACCGUCAAUAUUGCUCGCAGCAUCUUCGAAGAUUGAGACAAGUGCUUGGUCAAACGCAAAGUAGCGCUUCCAAGCCCUACCAGAAGAAGGAGUUUCCUGAUGAGAUUACCGAUUCACGAUACCUUCAUAUACUUCUAUUCCAAAGCGAGCGUGCCUGGGCAUACGCUAUGGAGUUGAAGCGCGAAUCCAGCAGCAGCGAAUCUCGCAAGCAUCACCAUGUCGUUAAGAGAUUCCGACGUGCAGCUCUGUACGCUUCGCAGCUAUCCGAAGUUGCUGAAAAGCACUCUGCAGAAAAGAGAACUCAAUUGGACGUCAAGGCUUAUGCUUCCUUGAUGAAUGGCUACCUCAAAAUGGAGGAGCAAAAGUGGCAAGAAGCUUUGGAUCACUAUGUCGCUGCUAGAACCAUUUAUGAGACUUUGGCUAAGGCUAGCAAUGCUCAUCAAGAAACACUUUGCCACUCGGCUAUUGAUGAGAUUGAUCCCAGCAUUCGAUUCUGCGCCCAUAUGCUUCGAAGUAGCGGCGGAACCUCACAGCAUGAUAUCGAUGACCUUGUAUCUGCGAUGCGAGACAAAUCAGCUCCUGGUAUGGACUUGCUGGAGGCACAGCUUGCUGAAGUUGCUGCUCAUUCACGCCAGAAGCGCGCACAGGAAAUGACGAGCAUUUCAUGGCGCCAUACAACCGUCGAACUUCGCAAUGCCGAAUUGGCUAUGUCUAUCCUAAAGGCUCAAGAAACCGCACAAGCCGAAUCCGGUAACGAUGUGGAUCGAUUUGACGAGGUGUUAUCAGCAUGGGCUGAGGCUGAAAAGGCCGCAAAGAAAGCUAUCAAGGAAGAUGAGGAAGCAACCGCUAAAGUUAAAUCAUCAAAGAGUGCGGAGACGACUCAAAACUUGCAUUUCUGUUACACCUAUGCAGCCUACAAUUUGUAUGCUAGAUCUAUUCAGCGAAAUCUAUCACUUGCAAAGACCAUUGUGAAGGAAGGCGGCCGACCACAAGAUAUUGUCAAACUAUAUGAUGAUGUUCUAAAGAACGUGGGCUCUAUCGGUGAGCUCCCUACUGUUCAGCACGAUCAUACUUUUGAGCAAGAGGUCGAAAUUCAAUCCAAAUACUUUAAAGCAUGGAGAUGUAUUCAUGUUGCAGACGCAUACUCGAGCUUGGGAAGAUAUGCAGAAACAUUGGGACUAUUUGAUCUGGCAUUCAAUUACAUCUCUCAAGCGCGUGCGAGCUUACAGCAAAUUACCCCACAAAAUGACGAUGGUCUUAUCAACAUUACCGAGAAGGAACUGCAGGAAACUGAACAAACCAUACGCGGCCGAAAAUGCAAAGCUCAUGCUGCAUGGUACCUCGAACAAGGCGAACAGACGGAAGAUGUAUCACGCAAAUUGGAGGAUAUGGACUUGGAUGAAGUGGACGAGGUUGCUUUGAUCAAACGUUUGGAUAACUAUCCCGCUAGUAUGACUGCCAAGCGUCUUCCACACCUUGUUGAUUUCCCGCCGGUAUUCCAACCCAUUCCUAUGAAGCCCAUGCUAUUCGACCUCGCAUUGAACCAUGUUGAAUACCCCGAGUCCUUAUCUACAAGAUCCGGAAAAGAUCAAGCGAGUGGUGGCUGGUUUGGCGGCUGGUUCGGAAGAAAAUAAAGCAAACCCCACCCGCACGACUGUUGAAAAUUCCGAAAUUAGACGUCGGAGCAAUAAAGGCAAACUUACACUAUUGUUUCAAAAGCAUUUCUUAGCGUACGGACGUGCG